CAAGAGAUUAAUUUAUGAGUUCACACACUAAGUCCUUUUCCCCCUAUACAUUAAGCUGAGACACUAAUUAAGCACUCACCAAAUAGAAUGUAAGGCAAUACAUCUUUAGGUUUCCAACCCUAUGAAUCCAGAAAUAGGCCAGGUUUCAUCUUCUUCCUUGCCUUUACUGGGUAAUUCCUUUCUUUGUACUCCGUAUCAUCAUACAUCCCUCGCUCAGAGGAACUUUGAAUGGUUCAGAGCUCAUAAAUGUGGUCUGCUACCACACAUCUGACUUCACCUUCUGCAUUGAGAUCCUAUACUUCAACUCAGCUACGUGGUUGCUAGAGGUCCCAGCUUGUGACCUCGUUUAUGCCGUGUUAUGGUUUGCAGAAGGGAAGGCUGAUGACACCAAGGACUUCAUACCUAAUAUUCUCAAUAGCACCUCUACCUCCCCCCACAACCAUCUGAUCAGGAGAUGUCAACGAGACAACGGUAAGGUGGUUAAGGAGCUUUCACUGGCUGACGAUGAUGGAUGGCUGAACGCAUUCACUGUGCUGCUAAUGCCCCUUUACGUUGUAAGCCUCAGAUCGAGGACACCCUCUUCUCAACAUUGGCUAACCUGAAUUCGUAUUUACUCAAACUCUGUGAUUCUGUGAAAUUUACAUCGUCGCCACUAAUUACUUUAGUGUAGAGCUGUGGAAUUUGAUCUUUGAAUAUCAUUCAUAAUACAAAGAUAUGACACAGCACCAAUGUGGUCAUUCUCAUCAGCAUAGGCUAUGGAAAUUGAACAAAUUAUGUGAAUUCAGGACAAGCACUAUGGAUAAACAGGAAUGAAAUAAUACAAAUUAUAUCUAUGGUAUAGAAAUUGAGCUGCUAAAUUAAUCAUAGGAAAAUGCUGCUAACUAGUUCAGAUAAAGAUGGAGAGAUAGCUAGUAAACCCUUAAUUUUUAGUGGUUUUCUGGAUGUGUAUAGCUCAAGUGCAUCAUCACAAAAUAUCAACUCCAGAGAUAAAUACUUUUUGUUAAAAUAUAAGAAGCCUAAUCAAAUUUAAUGAUGCAGCAUACGUCUCUACAAGAUCUGCUGGAACUACAGAGGUUUUUAAGUCCAUCUACCUCUUCCCAUGACACCUUGAAACAUUCUUUUCCUUAAACUUUUCUGUGCUUAACUGGUAUCUGCAAUGUAUAAAGUUUUCCUAGUCAAAAUGUCAAAUACCGAUUGCGAUGGUCAGAUUUGAAAAUCCACACCAACAGCAUAAUGGAGAAGCUUCAUUGCAGAUGGAAUAACAGUUAACUUUGUCAUUUACCUUACGCGAGUGACCAUCAAGGUUCUCAUUUAAAAGCAGCAAAGUCCAGCAAUGGUAAGUCAAAAAUAAUUAUAGAAGAUGAAGAAUAAAUUAAAUAUAGAGAUGACUCAGAUGAGUUCCUCAUUGAGUGAAAGUUUAACACCUAGUCCAGAUGAAGCAUAUUGUCACAAAUUCCUUUUGGCAAUCGUAGGAAGGAUGUAUUCAUCUGAUCCCAGAUACUUAAUGAGCUCAUAGGGCCCACUCAAUAACUUGC